CGCGCGGGGCCGCCGAGCGCAGUCAGCCGCCGCCACCUCAGCUGCGCUCAGUCCGGACAGACGCUCGCCGCUUGCAGCCCACAGCCCGCUGCAGGACGCUGACGGUUCCGCACGUCUGGCGCUGUCGCCGGCGCGCCCGAAACUUCCAGCACUAUGUUGAAUAAGAGUGGUGAGAGCAGAUAUCCUGCCUUGUUCCCGGUCUUAGGGGGUUCAUCCAUGAGCUCAGAUUUCCCACAUUACAACUUCAGGAUGCCUAAUAUUGGAUUCCAGAAUCUGCCUCUCAACAUAUAUAUUGUGGUUUUUGGUACUGCUAUAUUUGUCUUCAUCCUUAGUUUACUCUUCUGUUGCUACUUGAUUAGGCUAAGACAUCAAGCACACAAAGAAUUUUAUGCCUACAAACAGGUUAUAUUAAAAGAGAAAGUAAAAGAAUUGAAUUUACAUGAGCUCUGUGCAGUGUGUCUAGAAGACUUCAAGCCUCGAGAUGAGUUGGGGAUUUGCCCAUGUAAGCACGCCUUCCACAGAAAGUGCCUUAUUAAAUGGCUGGAGGUUCGUAAAGUGUGUCCCCUGUGCAACAUGCCAGUUCUACAGCUGGCCCAGUUGCACAGUAAGCAGGACCGUGGACCCCCUCAGGGGCCCCUCCCCGGGGCAGAGAACAUUGUAUAGCUUACUACAAGGAUCAGACUGUUGCUGGACACAACAUCCGUGUGGAGCCAGGAAGAACACAAGUGGUGUCUGUAUUGGCUGCUCUCCACUGAGGACACCAGCUGCCACUUCUUUGCCUCAUGAAGAACUCUUGGGCCAGCCAAGCUGGGAAUCUAGGUGUCUGGGUCUUAUGACAACCAAAGCACUUUGACACUACCCCCUGCUGAGAGAAGAGGAGUGGAUGAGCCUGUGGGUAUGCCUCAAGAAACUUCGUGAGAGUCUCUUACUAUAUUACAUUCUCUCUCCUGGAGCCUCAUCUCCGUGUCAAGCAGAAGGGUAAAGACGAGAACUAAGAGCAGGUCGUUAAAGCCACACCCCCACCUUCGGAUGGAUGGGUUUCUGUGCAGGCUGUGCAGGCCUUUGUAGCAGCAAACCCUCCUGGCAGCCCUUGAGCCAAGUAAAACCAGCAUAACCAGCCACUAGUGGUUGGUGAGGCAGUGCCCACAAGGCUCAUUUAUAUUCCUUUGGUAAGGCCAUCUUGGAACCCAAGGGCUUUGAGUAGCAGUGUCCCUCACCACCCAUUUCCCCCUCAAGAUCACAACACCUGCUGUCAGAUCAUCUGAGCUGAAAACAUUAGAUGCACUUGGAAAGGCCUGGCCAGAAGCCAUUUCCUCAUAGCAUUCCCCCUUCUAUGUACCAGUGAGGCUCAUGGAGAGCCCCAGCAGGGCGUGGACCCUGAGCCCACACUGUCCUUGAAUGAUUCAGGGGGCUGCCCACAUCCCCACAUGUGCAGUGUGGUUUCGUUGUGGCUGCUGUGGGCCCACUGCCUCAGGAGGGAGCCACUGUGAACCCCUCGAGUGGCUCCAAAGAGCAGUGGCUUUUUGAGAAUGGCCCAUACUCCUGGCCCAGCUGGACAAGGGGAAUGCCAAUCACUUGGCCUCUCCCCCUCCUCCCGUCUCUUCCCUCUCUUGCCCUAUCUCUCGGCUUCAGAAAAAACAAAUGCCUGUCAUUCACUUUUUAACACUUUAUCCCAAAUAAGAUCCCUGUGUAAAUCUGAAGCCGGUGAUCCACUUGGAAUUGUAAAUAGUUUCAGGAAGCUCCUGCAGGGCUGUCCACCAUUGGUGUGUGCCUCAGUAUUUGGACUUGUGAAACUAACCGAAAGUGUAUUUAUAGGAGAGAAACGCAUGCUGCUCUUGGCUCUUUCUGUCCAACUUUUCUAGAAAUGACUCAGAGUCCAUUAGGAUUUGUGAAUAUUGUAUAAAUUAGCUAUGGAAAGCAGCAGUAGGUCAGAUGGAAAAUUCUUUUCCAUAGCCCUGCUCUCUGCCUCCCUCCAUCUUAGGAGCACCUGCCUCAAUUCCUCGUCAACUGCUCUGCUCCACUCCAUCCCACAGAUGUGAGUGGGGGAGGUUUUUCAUUAGGAAAACAGUCUGCGUGACAUGGAGAAUGGAUGGAGGGAGCUUUGCUACUCCACUCGUGGCAUGACACUAGGAUUUUUUUUUUCUGGAAUCCAACCUCUAUCCUCUUAUGGAGGGAAACUGUCCUUGGCUCAGGUGGCUGGGGUCAGAUGGGGGGAAAUUUUCCAUUAGUCUAGAAAAGUGCUGGACAGAAUCCAGUUUGGAAAAUUACAAAUCCAGUUGGUCAAAAUAGGCCAUUUCCUAUGUGUGACCUAUUCGUGGUAUGCCAAACUGGACUGCUUCCUAAACAGGACAAGGAAAGUGAGGAAUAUUUUUAUAUGAAAGCCUUAGCCUGUCUGGCACCCAUGGAAAGAACUAUCUGUGCACUCCUGCUUUCACCGCCUUUUUGCAUUUUCUGUUUAAAGCACGAUAGAGUUAAUGCUGCAAACACGCAGUUUAUAGUGAGCUGUUUUUGGUGACCAGUGUCAGAAGGAGGCUUGUUUCUGGAAUAGCAUCACUAAUGGCCAGCAGCCACCAUUUUCCAUGGAAUGGCCAUGGAACAGAUGUCACCUCUCUGUUAUGGGGCUUUAAUAGGAAUGAGAAUGUUUUUCCCCUCAAAGGAGGAACUUCCUGUGAUCAGUACUGCAAAUUAUUGCUGCUCACAGCUUUUGUAGGAUUCUAGUCUUUCAGCUGCAGCCUUUUACUGUCCCUGUGAAUAAGUACUAACAAAAGACAGCCACACCAAGUCCGUGUAUUUGAACAAAGGCACAUUAAUUCAUCUCCCUGUGUCAGAGCCACAGGCAUGUUGAGGGGGUUGAUGCGUAGCACUGGACCAGGGCACACAGCCCAGAUAGUUCCAGCCAUGAGAGGAAAGCACAAGAAUGCUCUGCACUCUGCACUCGGCACCAGCUUGGGUCUGCUUUGCCCAGAUGAGGGACCAGUAACCACCUUCUCAGCGCAUGUGAAUGUGGAGUGAUUUUAAAAUGCAUUCCUUCUGCUAGAAUUGGGCUGGAAGCUGAAACAGUGAGUUUUUUCUGCUCAUAGUCAUCUUUUCUCGGUGUGACGUCCUUCUGCAGCAAGCCUAGUGUCACUAGCAGUAGUUCCUGCAACUCCUAGCAACACAACCCAAAUUCCUGCUCCCCGAAUCUGGGUCCUCCACCAGGACGUUCCUGUGCAUCUGCAUUGCUGUACAUGCAAAUAGAAGGCAUUUUAAUUUACGUCCUCCUUUAAUUCUGAUUAAAAUCACAGGGUUUUUGAGAGAUAAUCCAUUUUUUAAAAAAUGAGUUAGGGAGCCCUUUAUACUCUCUUGGCUGAGACUUGAACCCCUUUCUCCAGGAAUUGCUGGAACUUGUUACUGUUUAGAUGCAUGGGGAUUCUGGUCUGCUCUUGGACCACUGGGUAUACUCGUGUGUGUGUGUGUGUGUGUGUGUGUGUGUGUGUGUGUGUGUGUGUGUGUUAAGCAGUUCCAAGAUAGAAUGUUGCUAAUCUGCUGUGGGUUAGUGGAGCAUAACUCAGCCCCAACUGGACUCCACUGGUGGUUGAAUCAUUAUCUAGUAGUUGCUAGCAGGACGGCUCAACUCAGCUGGCUUCAGAAACAGGGAACAAAACCAGCCUGAUUUGAUUUCUGGUUGGGUUGGCAUCAGACACUAGAAGUUGACAUCUGCUGCUUUUCUUUGCCAAGAGUGAUUUGGUUAGGCCUGUCCCUGGCAGAUAAGGUCCUUGGAGUUUGUGCUCACCUAUCCGGGGAAGGCAGGACAGAAAUGGCCAAAUAGGGGCAGGUGGCCCCUGGGAAGGUGUGAGCUGAGGAUUACUGGGUACCUCCCACCAUUGCCAGAUACUCUGUUCUUGAAGAUCCUUUUCCCCAGUGCCAAGCCCCUUGGAUCCAUCAGAGGAAUGGCCUCGGGCCUUGUCCUUUUUCACAACCCCACUUCAAAAUUGUGUCAUCUCCGUGGCCUGAUACCACUUUAAGCUACUUUGAACAACUAGGAAUUAUUUUUCUGAGAGGCUUCUUGGGAGUUAUGAAAUACAUCCAGGACGAUAUCCCCAGAGCUCUGGGCAGAGUGCUGAGAGUGAUGGAAUCGCCCCUUGCCACUCACUAGCCUUAGGCCUUUCUGCAGGUUAGCCUCUUAGUCUCUUUCCUUAUCUACUACCCAGGGAUUAUAACAUCCCUGCCACCUCUUGUGAGGAUUUGCUGGUACCCAGAGCCUGGUGAGCAGCAGGCCUGGUGUCACGGAGGCUGCUGAUACCACAUAACCUCAUCUGGGUUACAUGGGCUCCUCUGCCAUCAUGAUAGGAAUAGAACCUCAGCCCAAGAGCCUUCUGAGCUGUAGGGGGUUUCCCUGGGUCCCAGGUUCACCUGGCCCCUUUUUUCCUUGGUCAUCUCAAUCUGCCUUUGCCCACAGUGAACUCUGACUUGUUCAGUGCUAAAUAUUCCUUUCUUAAUGUUUUGAAUAGGUGGUCCAUUCGCAUGGAGCUGCUCCCUUUCCCCCUCAACUUUUUGUUGUUGAGACAUGGUCUGGUUGUCACCCAGGCUGGAGUGCAGUGGCACCAUUGUAGAUCACUGCAGCCUCAACUUCCUGGGCUCAAGUGAUCCUCCUGCCUCAGUGGGUCUCCAGGUGGACACCAACACAACUGGCUAAUUAUCAUUUUUACAUAUCACAAAUCAUAAAGUAGUUAAAAGCCUUCCUUGAGUUCCUGAUGCUUAGCAAGCUCAGCUCCUCACGCCAUGGGUACCUACUCUUAGUUUGUGUGGGUAUCCUUCCAGAGAUCAUUUGCAUGUACACACAUGUGUAUGUGUGUGUAUAAUUUUUCUCCUUUUCUACUCGUGAUACAAGUGUAUUCAAGAACACUCCUACUAAUGUGGGAAGAGCCAUCCCAGAAAUCAGAAUAUAAAACGUGAACCUAGAAUUGCGGGAUGUUUUUGCAAUUAUAUUUGAGUAAGACAUAUUUUCAUUUGAUUGCAAUGCACUGAAAUUUUAUUUUUUGUUUUGAGAUGGAGUCUCAGUCUGUUGCCCAGGCUGGAGUGCAGGGGCACCAUCAUGGCUCGCUGCAACCUCCACCUCCAAGUGAUUCUCCUGCCUCAGCCUUCCAAGUAGCUGGCAUUACAGGCGCAUCUGCCUAAUAUUUGCAUUUUUAGUAGAGAUGGGUUUUGACAUGAUGGCUAGGCUGGUCUCAAACUCUUGAAUUCUGGUGAUCCACCUGACUCGGCCUCCCAAAGUGCUGGGAUUACAGGCGUGAGCCACUGCACCCAGCCUGAAAUUUUAGUUUUCUAUACAAAGGCAGUCCCUCCCUUACCCCAAAUGCCCAGCUAAUCCAAGAGCCCAACCAGAUUUUUGAUUGACUUUCUAUCUGUAACAGGACCCUUAAGAUCAGGCUCUGUAGCUAGUGUCACAAGCAUCUCCCAGCUCUGAGCAGCCUCUGCAGGUUCCUGGACAGCUGCUGGGCCCUCCCUGACCUUGGCCAGUUUGAGGUGAGGACCAAUGGUGAUGUCUGGCUAUAACUGUCAUGGUCUCUUAGGCUGAAGGCGUCUAUUUUGUGGGGCAGACAUCUUAGCUACUGAGCAAGCGCACAAUGAGUCAUAGUUAACUGUGGAUAUGCCUGAGUAUCAGUUCAUGGAGCUGCUCCCGUUCCCUCCCAACUUUUUAUUGUUGAGACAGGGUCUCAUCACCCAGACUGGAGUGCAGUGGCGCACCAUUGUAGCUCACUGGAGCCUCAACUUCCUGGGUUCAAGGGAGCCUCCUGCUUCAGUCUAUAGCUGGGGUCUACAGGUGCACACCAGCACCCCUGGCUAAUUUUCAUAAUUUUUAUAGAGACAGGUCUCACUUUGUUGCCCAGGCUGGCCUUCCUACUGUUUGCACACGCUUUAAAAAGAAAAUGCUUCUGGCUAAUCCCAGCACUUUGGGAGGCCAAGGGGAGUGCAUCACCUAAGGUCAGGAGUUUGAGACCAGCCUGACCAGUGUGGUGAAAACCUCUCUACUAAAAAAACAAACAUUAGCCAGGCAUGGUGACACAUGCCCAUGAUCCCAGCCACUCGGGAGGCUGAGACAGAAUUGCUUGAACCCAGGAGGCAGCGGUUGUAGUGAGCUGAGAUCAUGCCACUGCACUCCAGGCUGGGCAACAAAGCAAGACUCUGUCUCAAAAAGAAAAUGCUUCCUACAGAACUUUCCCCUUACCCCUCGUUUUCCAUUUGACAACAGAAAUUACUCCACCAAUCAUUUUUGUCCCUGGUGAUAAAAGAGCAGGUAGCAGCAGAGACUUGUGCCUUGCUUCCCAGCAGCUGCCCAGUGCCUCUUGGUCCACACCCACCUACUGGUGUACCUGCCCCCUAGAGCAGCAGCCCAGAUCCUCCCCUGGAUUAAAAUCGGAACCGGUCCCAUAACCCAAAACUUAAGAAAAAAAAAUGUGUAUCAACUCCACCCUUCUGGCAUUUGUAGAAUCUCUGGCCCUGGGUGUAUCUUGUCUUUUCCUGUAGUUGUUACAAGUUCUUAAGAUGGAUGUGUCCAAAAUCAUGCCUUAGGUCAUGGCUCUUUAGUAAAUAAGAUUAAUAAGGGAUUCCCACGUGCUGUGGUAUGUGCUUCCAUUUCAGCGGACGUAUCAGAACAAAAAGCGGGUCUUGUUCAGCAAACCUUACUUUGCCAAUUCAGCUAUACAGCCCAAAUUGUUACAAGAUGCAAAGAUGUACUCUACUUUUUGACCAAGUGUCAGCACCUUUGGCUUACCAUCCGGUCCUCACUUCUGUGACAACAGGGUCAGGUAGAACACCUCCCUACCCCAGGGACAUUUACCUAAACUUGGGUCCCUCCAGUGUCAGUCGACUUGCGCUUGAGGGAGUUGUUCUCAGUUCUCUGUGCCAGUCCAAGCCUGGUGGGUCAGCAUCUUAGGCCCACUGCACACCAUUCCUCUCCAUCUUCCCUUCCCUCCCAGGCCCCCACCAGUGCUGUGGGGGAAGGAGCAAGCAGGUGUAGCCAGUGUUAGGAAGUCCCUUCUGGUGACAGCGGGUCUUCCUAGUGUUGCUGAUAACUGUUGCUUCUGGGUCUUUUGACAGAGCAUUGCCAGGAAAGAGGGCACUGUAUUCUUGUAGUUUGGCCCUCAGGUUUCCUCACUAGGUAUUGUGUAACUCACUCAAAAAAAAAAAGUUUAUGAAAUGCUGAGCCUCAGGUUUCAUAGACAUGUUUGUACACUAAAAAUUCUGCAGCAGAAUAUUUUUAAACAUUCGCAUUUUUCUAAGCUAUAUUUUUGUAUAUUUAAUUGCUAUUUUAAGAUUUUAAUGCAUUUUGCUAAUCACUGUUUAAAAAAUAAAACACGCAUGUAAUUGACUCAAACGUAAAUAAAAACAAAUUUUGAGAAAUA